AUGGCUCGGCCCAGGAAAUCAGACGCUGGCCCAAAUGGAUCAGAUGUUUCUGGACAACCCGUGCCACAUACGACAUCCUCCAACGUUGAAGUUACGAACCCGCCGAAGAAGAAACGCGGUAGACCAAGAAAAUCUGUCAGUCGAGAGGAAGAUGAUGGAUUUGUGUUUAAAAGGCUAGAUAGUGAAUCAAGUCUUAAUUCAUCUACAGCAAAACCUGUUAGCAGCUCUAAAAAGGUUACUACUUUAAAAGAAACUGUUCAUCUAGCUUUGGAACAGGCAAAGUCGCAAUCUAUAUCUUCAUCUAGAAGUGAACCAGAAAAGGCUAAAAAGAUAGCAUCCAAAUCAAGCUCAUCACAGAAACAUUCAGCACAUUCUUCAAAGGAAAAUGAGAAACAGAAAAAGAGGUCACAACGAGAACACGACCAUGCGCACUCAAAGGAUAGCGACAAACGACAAAAAUUGUCUAAAAUGCGACCUAGAGACACGACGAGCGGCUCGGCGAUAGCUACUCCACCGCCCUCCAUACCCAGUAGCGACAAUCAUGAUUCUCAACCCGGGUCAUACGAUGAUUCAAUUGCUGGACGUACUUCGACCACACAAGUAUUGCUUCAUGACCAAGAAACACCAGUGAUACGACGGAAUCAAAAGCUCCGUAAUCAGACCACGACUGGGAAACGACGUAGCAGUCUCAGCAAUAGAGGUAAGAGGCUAAGCAAUAUUGGUAAUGGAUAUUUAGCCGACCCUCAUUCUGAUGUGGAUGCACGCGACUUUUCUAAGCAUUUAGAUGAGAAUUUGUCCGAUGUUCAGCGCUUGAAACAGGUCCUUUUAUGGUGUUUAAAAAGAAAUCUAGAAGUUCAUGGUGAAGAUUUAAAACGAAAACGAGACCAGUCUACGAAGUCCACAUCAGAGGAGCUGACUGCUUUGACAAUUGCACGGCAAAUAUUCGAGGAAGAAGUGGUGAAAAACCUCGUUGAUGGAAAAAUAUCUAUCGACUGGCACUCGCGACCUGAAAAUGCAGGCCAAGCAAAUGUGAAGCGCAUACCCAAUUCCCUUAAUGUUACUGCGCAAAAUAAUCUAACGGCUUUUCAAAAACGUCUUGAAGAGUUGGAGCGGGAGAAAGAAGAACUGGAGAGGAAUUUACAGUCGGUGGGCAAGUCCAGGCUCUCUAAAGAAAGGUUAGACAACCUCAUCGAUGAUAACAUUUUAAAUACGCUAGAUGAUCAGACUCGACGGCUGUUUUUAGAGUAUAAAUCCAGUAGCACCCCCGUUCUCGAACCAUCUAUUCAACUGAGGUCUUUCCGUGAGAACCUUCCAAAUGUUGAGGUUGGUGUCACACAGCUUCGCGAUGGAGUUCAUAAAAUUGAGUCUAUAACCAAGGCCGCAUCAAUAUUUAUUGAUAAGACUAUGAAGAAACUCUCCGAAGCAGCAGCUAUCACUUAUGCGAACAAUAACAGUACUCAAUUAGUACUGACCAUUCCUGAAGCCAAUUCUGACGCAGACCGUUCUGAGUCUAGUUUACGUACGCCAGUCUCCCCUCAUGAUAUUCUUCGUGCUAUCUCGCGACUUGAAUCUUAA